AUGGGAUUUUCCGGGGGAGGCGAUCUGAGAUUCCGGCAGCUGCUCCUCUCAUUUUUACUCCAUACAUCCUGGGAGAUGGGGAGAGGCCAGAUCCAUUACUCGGUGCCAGAAGAAGCGAAACACGGAACGUUUGUGGGGCGAAUCGCGCAGGAUCUGGGUCUGGAGGCUGGGGAGCUUGUUCCGAGGCUUUUCCGGGUGGUGUCCAAGGGCCACAGGGACUACUUGGAGGUAAAUGCGCAGAACGGCAUUUUAUUUGUGAAUUCUCGGAUCGACCGUGAGGAACUGUGCGGCCGCAGUCCUGUUUGUAGUAUCCACCUGGAGGUGAUCGUGGAAAAACCGCUGCAAGUUUUCCACGUGGAGGUGGAGAUCAAGGACAUUAACGAUAAUGCGCCAGUGUUUCCUGCUGCAGAACAAAGGCUGUUCAUUUCUGAGUCUAAACAACCAGACUCUCGAUUUCCGCUAGAGGGCGCCUCAGAUGCGGAUAUAGGAGUGAACUCUGUCUUGACCUAUGGGCUUAGCCCUAAUGAGUAUUUCAUUUUGGAAACGCAAACGUAUAGCGAACAAAGUAAAACUUUGUCACUUUUGUUAAGAAAAUCUUUGGACAGAGAAGAUACUCCAGAAAUUAAUCUGUUACUGACCGCCACUGACGGGGGCAAACCGGAGCUCACAGGUACAGUCCAAUUAAGAAUCUCGGUGCUAGAUGUCAAUGAUAAUGAUCCUGAGUUUGAUCAGUCAGAGUACAAGGUAAAAUUGUUGGAAAAUGUAGCAAAUGGCACAUUUAUAGUAAAGGUCAAUGCCACAGAUAGGGAUGAAGGAAUAAAUAAAGUUUUAAAAUAUUCACUGCGUUCGAUAAAACCAAAGGGAAAUUACUUGUUCAGAUUAGAUGAAAAUACAGGAGAAAUUAGGGUAAAUGGAAACUUGGAUUUCGAGGAAAAUAAAUUCUAUGAACUCCAAGUAGAGGCGACUGAUAUGGGAACCCCUCCCAUGGUGGGCCACUGCAGGGUUUUGGUAGAGAUACUCGACAUCAACGAUAACCCUCCAGAGGUCACUGUGACAUCAUUAUCGCUGCCAGUUCGCGAAGACGCCCCACCGGGCACAGUCAUCGCCCUCAUUAGCGUGUCUGACUUUGAUUCAGGAGCCAAUGGACAGGUGACUUGCUCUCUAUCUCCCCCGGUGCCCUUCACGCUCGUGUCCACUUUCAGGAAUUACUACUCUCUAGUGCUGGACGGUACCUUGGACCGCGAGAUUGUGCCCGCCUAUGAACUGGUGGUGACUGCAAGGGAUGGAGGGAGUCCUGCUCUGCGGGCCACCGCUAGCGUUUCAGUAGGCAUUGGCGACGUGAAUGACAACGCGCCUGCCUUCGAGCAGCCUUUAUACAUCGUAUUUGUGAAGGAGAACAAUUCACCGGGAAGUCAUAUCUUCACUGUGUCCGCUUCGGACCCUGAUGCUCAGGAGAACGCUUUGGUGUCUUACUCGCUGGUGGAGCGCAGGGUAGGGGAGCGUCCGCUGUCGAGUUAUGUGUCAGUGCACUCGGAGAGCGGGAAAGUGUACGCCCUGCAGCCCUUGGACCACGAGGAGCUGGAGCUGCUGCAAUUCCAGGUGAGCGCCCGCGACUCAGGCUUUCCUCCUCUGGGCAGCAACGUGAGCCUGCAGGUGUUCGUGCAGGACGAGAACGACAAUCCGCCUGUUGUGCUACCGCCCUACGCUGGCAUUAGCCCAGUGACAGAGCUGGUAUCACAAUCGGUAGCUGUGGGCCAUGUAGUGGCGAAGAUUCGAGCUGUGGAUGCGGAUUCUGGCUACAAUGCGUGGCUGUCUUAUGAGCUGCUGUCCGAGGUGGGCGUUGGGCGCAACCCUUUCAGAGUGGGUCUGUACACUGGCGAGAUCAGCACGACGCGAGCCCUGGAGGAGUCAGAUGGCCCUCGGAAGAUGCUGCUAAUACUAGUAAAGGACCACGGGGAACCCACGAUGUCUGCGACAGCUACGGUGACCGUGUCACUUUUGGAGAGUGGUCAGGUCCUUCAGACGUCUUCUGGGGUGGCCAGGCAGCCAGCGGCGUCAUCCAUUGUUAAGGGAACAUCCCUGGUGAAUGUGAACGUGUAUUUAAUCAUAGCCAUCUGUUCUGUAUCUAGUUUGUUGGUGCUGAGCCUUUUGCUAUAUGUGGCGCUGCGAUGCUCUACACCGACGCCGGGUAUAUACGGGCCUGGGAAGCCCACACUGGUGUGUUCGAACGAGGCUGGGAGCUGGUCGUAUUCCCAGCAGCGGCGGCAGAUGGUUUGUUCUGGAGAAGGAACAGUCAAGAACGAUCUCAUGGCCUUCAGCCCCAACCUUCCUCCAUGUCCACCAACUUCAGACAGAAAUCAGCAGGAAACAAAGAAGGAGCCUUUGGGCAAGGUGAGUCUUUUAUAG